GUAAUGUCGCCCCUGCGCAUUAUAAGCAGAGACGUGUGUAAAAAAGCCAGGGGACGUAAGAGAGAAAUUCAUCGUCUCUCAGUGUCUGUCCGUCUCUAUCUGAAGCAGUUGGGUCCUGAAAAUCAUACAAAUCCAAGAUUCAUACGACCCUUGAAAGUUCUUUAAAAUUUUUUUUUUUUUCGAGUUUUUGAUCGACGGUUGUUUGGUGGAAUCCUUUCUCCAGUCAGAAGUUUCAGAUCCAAAGGUUUGUUUUUCUUGAACCAGUGGACUGCAGUUGGGCUUGUAAAUCCCUUCUUGGUUAUACCCAUAUAUUGUCAAGGUGGAAUCCGAUGAAUUUUCAUGCAAUUCUGGGAUCUGGGUUUGUUUCAUUCAGGUGUUUCAAGUGAUGGGGUGUUUGUAUUCAAAGGGUUGUAUUGGGCAGGUGCCCAUUUCUCCAAGGGAUUCAAAAAUUAAGGAAAUUGAAAAUGCAAGAGCAGUUGGGGAUUCCUCUCUUUCUCCGGUUUCUUCAUCUGAGCAAGGAGGAGAAUAUGGGGAUGAAUUGCAUCAGCUAAGUUUAACUAGGGACUCUGAUCUGGCUAUCAAUAGGCUCUCCAGGGUUUCGUCACAAUUUCUUCCUCCCGACGGGUCCCGCGCAAUCAGAGUUCCAGCGGUAAACUAUGAAUUGAGAUACUCUUAUCUAUCCCAAAGAGGAUACUAUCCAGAUGCUUUAGAUAAGGCAAACCAGGAUAGUUUCUGCAUACACAGCCCUUUUGGGACAAACCCCAAUGAUCACUUCUUUGGGGUGUUUGAUGGACAUGGAGAAUUUGGCGCCCAAUGCUCACAGUUCGCGAAGCGAAAACUAUGCGAGAAUUUGCUCAGAAACAGUCGAUUUCAUAUGGACGCUGUUGAGGCGUGCCAUGCUGCUUUCUUGGCGACAAAUUCACAGUUGCAUUCAGACAGCUUGGAUGACAGCAUGAGUGGGACAACAGCAAUAACGAUAUUGGUUCGUGGUAGGACAAUAUACAUUGCAAACUCGGGUGACUCCAGGGCUGUUAUUGCAGAGAGGAGAGGAAAGGACAUUGUGGCUGUGGACCUUUCCAUUGACCAGACUCCUUUCCGGGCUGAUGAACUUGAAAGGGUGAAGAAUUGUGGAGCUAGGGUUCUCACUUUGGAUCAGAUUGAAGGGCUGAAGAAUCCGGAUGUGCAGUGUUGGGGUACGGAAGAAGGGGAUGAUGGUGAUCCUCCUAGAUUGUGGAUACCAAAUGGGAUGUAUCCUGGCACGGCAUUCACAAGGAGCAUUGGGGAUUCCAUUGCUGAGAGUAUUGGGGUUGUUGCUACACCUGAGAUUGUUGUUUUGGAGCUCACACCAAAUCACCCAUUCUUUGUGAUUGCCAGUGAUGGGGUGUUUGAGUUUUUGUCUAGCCAAACUGUGGUUGAUAUGGUUUCAAAGUUUAAAGAUCCUCGUGAUGCAUGUGCUGCAAUUGUUGCUGAAUCAUAUCGUCUUUGGUUGCAGUACGAGACUCGUACAGAUGACAUUACAAUCAUAGUCGUGCACAUUAAUGGGCUAACUGAUACAGAUGUUGUUCAAACAAGCAAAGAUGUUGGCAUAAGACCAUUGCAUCAAGUCAUAGAGGUGCCGGGAUCUGAAUCGCCUUCCACCAUAAGUUGGAAUUCUAGGAACCUACGUGCAAGACAUGAUUUGUCACGGGCACGUCUCAGAGCGAUUGAAUCUUCUCUUGAGAAUGGCCAUGUUUGGGUUCCCCCAUCUCCAUCACACAGGAAGACCUGGGAAGAAGAAGCACAUAUUGAGCGGGCAUUGCAUGAUCAUUUCCUAUUCAGAAAACUUACGGAUUCUCAAUGCCAUGUUUUGUUGGAUUGCAUGCAAAGGGUCGAGGUCCAGCCUGGAGAUGUAGUCGUGCAACAGGGUGGAGAGGGUGAUUGCUUUUAUGUUGUUGGCAGUGGGGAGUUUGAGGUUUUAGCUACUCAGGAAGAAAAAGAUGAAGCGAAAGAGGUGAAUAGGGUCCUACACCGAUAUACGGCUGAAAAGAUGUCGUCUUUUGGGGAGCUGGCACUAAUGUAUAACAAACCGCUCCAAUCAUCUGUUCGUGCCGUGACAGGUGGAACACUCUGGGCUUUGAAGAGAGAGGAUUUUAGAGGAAUUCUCAUGUCAGAGUUUUCUAACUUGUCGUCAUUAAAGUUGCUCCGAUCAGUAGAGCUUCUUUCUAGACUCACGAUUCUGCAGCUGAGUCACAUCGCUGAUUCUCUUUUGGAACUUUCCUUCUCAGAUGGGCAGACAAUAAUUGAUAAGAAUGAGUCUCUCUCUGCGUUGUAUAUUAUUCAAAAGGGUAGGGUCAGACUGACAUACAACAUGGACUUAAUAAGAAGUCCCAAUAUUUGUAGCAUUUUACCUGAAAAUCUUGAACAGGAAGAUCCUACUCAGGACAAUAACGAGUGUUCAGUGGAGAAGGCAGAGGGGAGCUAUUUUGGUGAAUGGACACUUCUCGGUGAGCAUGUUGAUUCUUUAAGUGCUGUUGCUGUUGGUGAUGUGGUUUGUGUAGUUAUUACAAAGGAGAGAUUUGAUUCAGCCGUGGGACCAUUAGCGAAGCUUCCACAAGAUGAUCGCAAGUUGAAAGAUUGUUCUUUGAGUCCAUCUAAAGAGCAUGUCACAAAUGUUGAUGCGACAAAUUUUGUCAAAGUCAAGUUCUCUGAUUUGGAAUGGAGAACAGGUAUAUAUUCAACGGACUGCAGUGAGAUUGGACUUGUCCUCUUGAAAGGCUCUGAAAUUAUGCUGAGUUUAAAGAGAUUCUCAAAGCAGAGGAUCAAACAACUUGGGAAGGAAGCACAGGUAUUGAAGGAGAAAGAUCUGAUGAAGAGUGUGAGCCCGUCAUCGUGUGUACCCCCACUCCUAUGCACUUGUGCUGAUGAGAAAUAUGUUGGCAUUCUAUUAAGUACAUGCCUAGCUUGCCCAUUGUCUUCGAUACUUCAUGCACCCCUAGAUGAAGAGUCUGCACGGUUCUGUGCAGCUUCUGUUGUUGUUGCUCUUGAAGAAUUACACAAGAACAAUGUCCUUUACAGAGGCGUGUCACCAGAUGUUCUAAUGUGUGACAGAGCAGGCCAUCUACAGCUUGUAGACUUCAGAUUUGGGAAGAAACUAUCUAGUGAAAGAACCUUCACCAUAUGCGGGAUGGCAGAUUCUUUAGCUCCGGAGAUUGUCCAGGGGAAAGGCCAUGGUCUUGCGGCUGACUGGUGGGCAUUGGGAGUCUUGAUCUACUUCAUGCUGCAAGCAGAAAUGCCGUUUGGGUCCUGGAGAGAGAGUGAGCUUGAUACAUUUGCAAAGAUCGCGAAAGGACAGUUGACUCUUCCCCAAUCUUUCAGCCCAGAAGUGGUCGAUCUCAUCAUGAAGUUGCUGGAAGUUGAUGAAACUGUGAGGCUUGGAAGCAAGGGUCCUGAUUCUGUGAAGAAUCAUCAGUGGUUUGAGGGCAUUGAUUGGAAAGGAAUUAUAGACAAUUGUUUCCCCAUUCCCCAUGAAAUCACGUCUCGUAUAAAUCUGCAUCUUGAAAAUCAUGCGGAGGACAUGUCAUUUCAUCCAUCUUCUCCGUUCCGUGAUGUAGCUGAGCUCAACACCCCAGAAUGGCUCGAAGACUGGUAAAGAACUUCAAAUGGUUGGUCCAAUCCCUCUUAUCUCGAUAUGGAUUCUAGACGACUGUUUGAUUUUUUAAAUCUAUAGUGAUGGAGUCAAUGCGGAACCAGGUGAAUGGAUUGCACUUUGGAACUUUGUUUCAUAUCUAAAGUAAUCCUUCACCCUUGAGUUGGGUGGUGAAUAUUCUCUUCCCUAUGAAAAGCUGCAUUGCCUUUUUUCCAUAGAUGCAGAUUUUGGAGUUUGCAGCCUUAUCAGUAAUUCAUGUUAACCCAAUUGUAAAGGUGGGUUGUAGAAUUCUUCUGUACAUAGGACAUAUGUCUAAUUUUUCUUCACUCUGGGAACCUUAUUACUCUAAGCCCAAUAUUUUCUGUUCCACAGGUCACAUUUUUUCUGUCAUUUAUGAUAGAGAAUAUAGAGAUAUAAUUGUAUUCUGAGUGUUGGAAUCGAACCAUAUUUCUUCUAAGGACUCCAUGAUUUAGAUUUUUUAAAGUUUCCUGUUGUAUUUUUGAAGAUAUGUUGUACUAUUAUUAGAAACCCUAAUAAGCAUUCUUCAUUUCAU